AACCACUAUUUUCAUAAAAUGUGGCAACGGUGUCCCCUUCUCUCUAUCUUAGGUUGUCUGCAAUGUGCUGUAAAUAUUUAUUAAUUUUAUAAUUUAUACGCUGUCGAUGCAGUGUGCCCAACUGAUUACUGCAUCAGUCUUUCUGCGAGGCGGUUGUGUGGUUUGUUUGAUUCCUGUGAGAAGUGGCUCUGUUGAAUUUGCUUGUAGCAUUUUUUUUCCAUUCUACGUGCCACUCAGCCUUCACUGUUUAGGUUUCAAACAUUUAUCCUCAGUGAAAUGGAUGCGAAUAAAUUGUUGGCAAUUGUUUGUGUGUCAGAAAUGUUGAUGGAAAGCAGUUCAUCAUCAGAAGAUUCUGAAGAAGACGACAAUAAAAAAAUAUUUGCUUUAGCAAGUGUUAUUCGAGAAACCCACCCUAGACAAACUGGAUACCUCAGUGUCAUUAUGGAAUAUUCUAAUAGCGAUUUUUGGAGACAUUUUAGGGUAAGCCAGGCAACCUUUAAUUACCUGUUAAGAUUUAUGGAGAAAAACAAAUUUCGAUCUGAAAUAACCUAUUAUGGAGGUUAUGAACCGUUGUCAAAUUCCGAAGUUUUGUUAAUAACACUUCAGUAUCUCGGUAAUCAAGGCGCAAUUCGCUUGCUUGCUGACAAAUUUGACAGGACCGAAUCAUCCAUAUGGAACGCAAUAGAAUGGGUGUGUAAUUUCCUAUUCAAACAUCAAUCAUGUUUCAUUAAGUGGCCUGUUGAAACUGAAAUGCCAUACAUUGCUUCGAAGUUUAAGGAUAAAUGUGGUUUCCCAGGAGUUGUAGGUGCAAUUGACGGUUGCCAUAUUCCUUUUCAUCCUCUUUUUGCAGACCAGAAGUCAUAUAGAAACUACAAAAAAUUUCAUAGUUUUGUAAUCAUGGCCAUUGUCUUGUAUGACGGAACUUUUUCCUAUGUUUUCAGUGAAUUUCCUGGCAGCUCCCACGAUAGUUAUAUAUUUCAUCGCAGUUCUCUUUAUAAUAAGUUAAAUAACCGCUGUUCAUCCAUGUUUAACCCACGGCGAUAUCAUAUCAUUGGGGACUCGGCUUUUCCAAUUCAACAGUGGUGCUUAACUCCGUAUAAGAAAGGUACUAAUGGAAUUACUCGUUCUCAAAGAACUUUCAAUUUUAAAUUGUCAGCAACCAGAAUGGUCGUCGAACAUUCAUUUGGCGAAUUAAAAAACAGAUUCAGAAGGUGUCAAAAUGUAUAUGCUAAAAUAGACAAAGCUGUAAAUGUUGUCGUAUCAUCAUGUGUGUUGCAUAACAUUUGCAUUCAAAAAGGGGAUAUCAAUCGCGAAAGUUAUUGCCACAUUCCCCUCCAUUGCAAUGUAAUCCCAAACCACUGUGACCAACGAUAAAACCAAGAUUCAUGCACAUUAUUGGGCCAAACCAAGCGAGAAAGAAUAAGGAAUUCUUUUACUACCAGAAAUGUCAUCGCUUUCACUCGUCGCUAAGAUUGAAUUGUCUUGCAUUGCCUUGAACUGAUUUCUUUAUCCUUCAUUCUUUGAAUGUCUUCUUGUCUGCUAAUAAAAAAGUUAAAAACAAA